ACUUUUUAACUUUGGGGCUAUGCUCACCUGUUUCACUUCAGGCAUUAAGUCCCAGUCCUGUACCUGACAGCAAAAUGUCCGACAAAGGAGCCUUCGAUACCAACGUGCUGACCCUCACCAGGUUUGUUCUGGAGGAGGGCAGGAGGGCCCAUGGGACAGGUGAGCUGACAAACCUGCUCAACUCCAUCUGCACAGCUGUGAAAGCCAUCUCAACUGCUGUCAGGAAGGCUGGGAUCGCUAACCUGUAUGGCAUUGCUGGAAGCACCAACGUGACAGGAGACCAGGUGAAGAAACUGGACGUCCUGUCCAAUGACCUGGUGAUUAACAUGAUCAAGUCCUCCUUCUCCUCCUGUGUACUGGUGUCUGAGGAAGAUGAAAAGGCCAUCAUUGUGGAACCAGAAGAGCGGGGAAAAUACAUUGUGUGCUUUGAUCCACUGGAUGGUUCCUCAAACAUCGACUGUCUUGUCUCAAUUGGAACAAUUUUCGCCAUUUACAAAAAGACCACAGAUGAUGAGCCAUCUGAGAAGGAUGCUCUGCAGCCUGGAAGAAACAUUGUGGCUGCUGGUUAUGCUCUUUAUGGCAGUGCCACCAUGAUUGUCCUCUCCACUGGCCAAGGAGUCAACUGCUUCAUGCUCGAUCCUGCCAUUGGCGAGUUCAUCUUGGUGGAUCAAAAUGUGAAGAUUAAGAAAAAGGGAAAAAUCUACAGUUUGAAUGAAGGAUAUGCACAGCAUUUUUAUCCUGAUGUGACAGAAUACCUACAAAAGAAGAAAUACCCGGAGGACGGGUCGGCUCCUUAUGGCAGUCGAUAUGUUGGUUCAAUGGUAGCUGAUGUUCAUCGCACUUUGGUUUAUGGAGGCAUCUUUUUAUAUCCUGCUAAUGUCAAGAGUCCCAAGGGCAAGCUCAGGCUGUUGUAUGAAUGCAACCCCAUGGCCUUCAUCAUGGAGCAGGCAGGAGGCAUGGCCACGACGGGAUCCAUAAAUGUUCUAGACGUUCAGCCCACCACCAUCCACCAGCGAGUUCCUGUGGUCCUGGGAUCUCCUGAUGACGUGCAAGAGUAUAUUUCCAUCUAUAAAAAGCAUAACAAAUGAGCUAAAACAGCACAAUCAAGAGGCUCAAUCACGACAUUCAUUGUUGGGUGCUUUCUACUCAUUCCUCCAACUGCAUUGAUGAAGGCUCCAGGAACCUGACUGGGUCACAGUGCUGUGUCACUGGGCCUACCAAGUCCGCCUCUCACUAUGCUGGUUCCAUCUUGUUGGUCUUAUUUGCAGAGACUUACCCUGUGUGUGGUUCUUUUUUUUAAAUAAAGACAAAUGAAAAGAC